GACGGUUACAAUUUUGACGUUUUUGUAGGGAACUCUUUGCCUUUCCUUCAAAGCAAUCCCACGACGGAGAUGGACUCCAAUACCAAAACCUCUAGUUAACCCCAGGAAUCUUCCUAAGCUUUUGCUUUCAAUUACAAUGCCUUAAUCUCUUGUAUUUCUGUGAUAUUGGGUUCGCUGCUUGUAUCGCUUUUCUCAACAUAAUGAGCGGAAAGAAGAAAGAAAUCAUGAGAUUAGAGAGAGAAUCCGUCAUUCCGAUUCUCAAACCUAAGCUCAUCAUGACCUUGGCCAACCUCAUUGAACAUAACACUGACCGGGCUGAGUUUUUGAAGCUCUGCAAAAGAGUUGAGUACACAAUUCGAGCUUGGUAUCUUCUACAGUUUGAGGAUCUAAUGCAACUGUACUCCCUUUUUGACCCCAUACAUGAAGCUCAGAAAUUGAAGCAGCAGAAGCUAUCUCCUGAAGAAAUUGACGUACUAGAACAGAAUUUCCUGAUGUACUUAUUUCAGGUGAUGGAAAAGAGCAAUUUCAAGUUAACAACUAAUGAGGAAAUCGAUGUUGCACUUUCGGGGCAGUAUCUUCUAAAUCUUCCAAUCCGGGUCGAUGAUUCUAAGCUUGACAAGAAGCUUUUCAAGAAACAUUUUGCAGAUCAUCCUUAUGAGAACCUUCCUGAUUUUGCUGAUAAGUACAUUAUUUUCCGGCGUGGUAUUGGGAUUGAUAAGACAACUGACUACUUUUUUAUGGAGAAAGUGGAUAUGAUCAUUGCCCGUUUAUGGAGAUAUCUUUUGAGACUAACUAGUGCUUUCAGGCUGGAAAAGCUUAUGAAAAGGUCAAGUGGAAGGCAUGAGAAAGAUCCGAAGAAUCUAGAUGAUAUUAGCUCUGAAGCAAAUGGUGAUGAUCUAUUUGAACGGGUCCGUCUCGAAAGUAUGGAAUUAAGUGUUAGGAAUUUGCUGAGCGAGAUUACAAUCCAAGAACCUACCUUUGAUAGGAUAAUUGUCGUCUACAGGCUAGCAAGUACGAAAUUUAAAACUGAACGAGGAAUAUAUGUGAAGCAUUUCAAAAACAUUCCAAUGGCCGAUAUGGAAAUAGUUCUUCCUGAGAAGAAAAACCCGGGAUUAACUCCAAUGGACUGGGUCAAAUUCCUUGGCUAUGCUAUAGUUGGGCUGGUUACAGUAUUUGGCUCACUCAAAAUGCCUAAAGCUGAUUUAUGGGUCAACUUUGCUAUUCUAUCCACUGUGAUCGGUUAUUGUGCUAAAACAUACUUCACGUUUCAGCAAAACUUGGCUGCAUAUCAGAACUUGAUAACCCAAUCCAUGUAUGACAAACAACUGGAUAGUGGAAAGGGUACUCUUCUUCACUUGUGCGAUGAUGUGAUUCAACAGGAAGUAAGUUGCAAGGUCAAAGAGGUGAUCAUUUCUUUCUUUGUAUUGAUGGAAAAGGGCAAAGCUACAAGACAGGAACUCGAUCUGUGGUGUGAGGAACUAAUCAAAGAAGAGUUUUGUGAGAGCUGUAAUUUUGAUGUGGAUGAUGCAGUCCAAAAGUUGGAGAAGCUAGGGAUUAUUGCUCGGGAUAGUGUUGGCCGGUAUUACUGCAUUGGACUAAAAAGAGCUAAUGAAAUGAUUGGCACGACCACUGAGGAACUUGUCCUCAAGGCCAGACAUGGUGGUGGCAGACCUUGAUAUUGUCUGGCGAAAGGUGAUUGUUCUGCCUUGAUACUGCCUACAUAUAAUUCUUUGGGAUGGGGCACUUCGCUCAAUUGUAUCUUUCAGCGGGUUUUUCUCUUUCAACUGGUUGUUAAUAUCUAUAACUUUACUCCCUCUUUUUUUUCAAUUUUUUUAUGUGCAUUCAUUCUUCUUGAGGUUUGAGAAUGUGACGUCAUCUGAAUGAUAAUAGCCGGCCAAUGUUGAUAUAUUUUAAUUUCCUUUGUAGGGAGCACGAUCAUUUUAAUCGUAACUAAAGGCAGCA